UUUGGUGAUAAAUUUCCGGGUGCAUCGGUAGGUAACGAUAAAGAGGCACAAGAAAAGCUAGUUAUCACAUCAGUGUAUCUGAUGUUUGGAAUGGCGCUUCUCGCCAUGUGCUUCAAUCUUGCACAGGAAGAGAUCUCCUCCAUGGUUUCUUAUGAACCAUUCAAGGAGAACUUUUUCUUUCCAGCUGUAUAA